GCUUCCUCGCCCUCCCUUCACUCUUCGCAACCACAACACAUUUGAGACUACGGCUAACUGCACGAGUCAUUUGAGUCUCCUCUCGGGCUACCUUCAACUCGCCUGAAAUUGCCACUAUUCCUUUAAGCUUAAUAGGUCCUACAAGAGCAAGCAAGCAUGGAGUCCGAAACCCUCGAACAAAUGCAAGCUCGGCAUCGCAAGGAGCAAAGAGACCUUGUGUCACGCAUCACAAACAAGAAGAAGAACGCGACUAAGAAGACACGCAAGGGCGUCAAUGAUGAAUGCGCCCAAUUGGAGCUCGAACUCAAAGCGAGACAAGAGGAGGAGCUCAGGAAGCUGCAAGGAGGUGACGACAAUGACGACAACGACGAGCAGGCCCAGGAGCUUGAGGAAGAGCAAGACGUCGAAGAACCAACAGUCAACGAUGUGACCGAGAAGCUACAGAAGACCACCGUCUCAGAACAGUCGAGUAAUACAAGGCCCCCUCCUCCGGUAGAGCAGUCCUCCAGCGGCGGAGGAAAGAAACGAAACCGCCAGAAGGAGCGUCUCGCCCGUCGCCAAGCGGAAGUAGAAGCUGCUUCGGCAGCAGCCGAGCAAGAGGCCUCGAGCAUGGUGGACCAUCGCGGUAUCGAAAAGGCAUAUAUGUUGCGCGAAUUCAAGGCGCAUUCUUUGGAAGAGAAGGAUAUCGAACCCGAUGGGCAUUGCCUCUUCUCCGCAGUGGCAGACCAGCUUGCUGUCCACGGGCUCCCAGUAGAUGGGGCCUUGUCCGCAAACAAGGGAGCCCAAACACAAGAGAAGCUGCCGCCUUAUAGGAUCGUGCGUCAUGUGGCGGUUGACUACAUGGAGAAACACACGGACGAUUUUGCGCCUUUUCUCGAGGAGCCCUUCGAGACCUACGUGGCCAAGAUACGAGACACAGCAGAGUGGGGUGGACAGCUGGAGCUGACGGCGCUGGCAAACGCGUAUAACGUGGAGAUCAGGGUGGUGCAAGACGGUCGGACGGAGGUGAUACAACCCAACGCUGUCGCAAAUGGGGAGAGCAACGGGGACAAGGAGGAGCUGAAGGUCCUGUGGUUGGCGUACUAUCGUCAUGGAUAUGGCCUUGGAGAACACUUCAACUCGCUACGCAAAGCAGCUGUUUGAGACCAUGAUUUGCCAAAAGGCGAGUUAUCAAACAAACGAUAAAAGUGCUACUCUCCCUGUUGCUAGGUUGCUCUUUCGCACACACACAAAGUAACUGUAACCGAAAAGGGUUCCCCUGACCACCCUUACUGGUGGCUCCAGACCGAAACACGGUCAACCACGUUUCCUUGGUUGUCGUACCCAGCCUUGUGUGUGCAUGCAGGCUGUGUACGUGCCAGCCGUUUGAGAGCAACCGGUGUUGUAUCCGCGCUUCCGUCCACUACCUGUCCCUUGUCGUCAUAUUGCAACAACUGACCCGGAUGCCCAAGAUGGGCAAGAUACAGGUCGCCCGACACACCCCAAGGCGGGCCGCCGGUCAUGGGGUCCUUGUCAAGUGGCCACUCGAGGCAAACUAAUCUUCCGCCGUCGGGGUUGAGAAGAUCGGACAAUCUCUUGGCCCAUUGUGGGCGUGCUUCAGGCGGAAGGGCGCAAAAGAACUGGCAAUGAGUCUCGAGUUAGUGUUUCUUGACUUUGUCACUUCAAUCAGGCCAGGACACCAUCCAAGGAGACGGAACACUUACCGUAUAGUCAAAAAUGAGAUCAAACCCAGUCUUCACCUUUCCAUAUCCCGAAUCAUUCACCCAGUCGUCCUCGAAAAAGUCUCCCGUCACCCACAUCACCCUGCCCUUUGUCGUGACGCCUAGCUCCCUCUUCGGCGCAUACAUCUCCUUCCACUUGCCCUCUGCAUCCUCUUCCGCCACCCGUUUCUCGUUCUUCUUAGCCUCCUCUAUGCUUGUCACGGAUGAGUCAAGUCCGUAGACGUCAUACCCAUGUGCAGACAGGAGUAGCACGUCGUGGCCUCUCCCACAGCCGGCCACUAAAGCUUUGGGUUUUGACUUGUCCCAAUCAUGAGCCGUACUUGGGGCAUUGGGGAAGAGCUCGCGGUGGAGGGACAGGACUUCAUCGAGGGCUUGGCUGGGCCCGCCGCGGUCCCAGGGGGUGAAGGAUUCCUUCCAUAGCGUGUCCCAGCGUUCAG